CGCGCACUGUUUCGAAACAAAUCCUCCCUUUCUCUGCACGUCCAUCCGUUUCAUCAACCUUUCGCGUAAACUUUUUUCUACCUGCCUUUACUUCACGAAACACACGACAUACAAUGUCACGACCAGUCCCGCUGGUGGCCCCAGGCCACACGCGUCCCGUAACGCAUCUCAACUUCUCCGCGCUCCAGGACGAUGGGACGUAUCUCAUGAUCUCAAGUUGUAAAGACGGGAACCCAAUGCUGCGGGAAUGGACGGGCGAUUGGGUGGGGACGUUUGUGGGGCAUAAGGGGGCGGUUUGGAGUACGAAGCUCAGUCCAGAUGCGUCGCGGGCGGCGUCGGGCAGCGCUGAUUUCACGGCGAAGAUCUGGGACACGUAUACAGGCGACGCGUUGCACUCCUUCCCGCACAACCAUAUCGUCCGCAGUGUUGCCAUCUCGCCUACGUCCUCGCAUCUUUUGACGGGUGGUCAAGAAAAGAAGGCACGGAUAUUCGACUUGAGUAGACCUGAUGCAGAACCGGAUGUUCUGGUGAGCGACGGUAGCCCAACCUCUCAUGACGGUACGGUUAAGAGCGUGGUCUGGGUGGGCGACCAUACCGGAGUGACUGCAGGCGAGGAUGGAGUCAUCAAGUGGUGGGAUCUUCGCACACGUAAAUUGACCACAAGUCUGAGCUUCCCUGGACCAAUCACCUCGAUGGAGCUCUCGCAACAAACGAAUCGUCUUGUUGUCACCUCCGGCAAAACUGUCGCCUUCAUCCCUGCCCUCCCCACUGGCGCACAGACUCACUCUGUCAACCUCCCAUACGCACCAUCAUCGGCUUCGAUCCACCCCAUAUUGCAGGAUCGCUUUGUUACCGGUUGCUUGACGGAUGAAUGGGUCAGGGUCCAUGGGAUCAAUGGUGAAGAAAGGGAAGUGUUGAAGGGACAUCAUGGACCCGUGCACUGUGUGGAGUAUAGUCCGGAUGGGGAGCUUUACGCCAGUGGAAGUGAGGAUGGUACCAUCCGGCUAUGGCAAACCACCCCAGGCAAAUCUUACGGUCUUUGGCAAGGCCACCCCAAUGGUGGUUGAUCGAUAUAGAGUUCUGACCCUUGGCUCGCGCGUCUUUGCUCUGGUGCUUCUCCUGGGACUUUGACGUGGUAAAAGAUUUUCAUCGGAACGCAUUGUUUUCGUACGCAUUUCCAUCACUGUCGUCCUCGCUGUUGUGGCAUUAUUCUCCGAAGACUCACCGUAGAGGUCUUAAACUACAUACAUAUGCUCAAGCUCUAAAUCAGCGCACGCAUUUCCUUCUCUCCCGCCAAGGUUGUGAUCAGCCUCGUUUGCUUUCCCCACGUCCGAUCCGCCAUCCUCCGCCAUCGCCGCCUACAUUAUAUUGUCUCGCGCCCUGAGUGGCACACGCCACAAAC